CCUCUACUGAACGCCAGGCAGCAACAGGUACCUUAGAGAGAAAGAAAGAAGAAGAGGAGGGGCAGAGCAUGUGAGAGAGAGAGAGGACAAAAAGGGACAGAGACCGCAGCAAGUGGAAAGAGUGAGAGAGAGAUUUUCUUUUGUUCAUCCUGCUUCUUUACACCUUUCCGUCAAUUCACCUGCUACCUGGCUGUUACCAGUUACCUGGACUUACCAGAGUGGAAGAGCGAGGGACAAGGAAAGAGGGAAAAAGCGAGGAGACAGGAGAACCCGAGUGUCUUGAGUGAAGCCUCACAUGGUGACUUCUAAUGUCCUGGAAUAAACCGGAAGCUGAACCAUGGUCAUUCUGCAACAGGGCGACUAUGUCUGGUUGGACCUUAAGACGGGCCGGGAGUUCGAUGUCCCAGUGGGAGCCGUGCUUAAGCUCUGUGACUCGGGACAGAUCCAGGUGCUGGAUGACGAGGGGAGGGAGCACUGGAUCUCACCCCAGAAUGCCACCAACAUUAAGCCCAUGCACCCCACCUCCAUCCACGGUGUGGAGGAUAUGAUCCGCCUGGGAGACCUCAACGAGGCUGGCAUCCUACGGAACUUGCUCAUCCGCUACAACGAGCGUGUCAUCUAUACAAAUUGUGGGGGAAGGACUUACACAGGGUCGAUUCUGGUGGCGGUAAACCCUUACCAGCUGCUGCCCAUCUACACUCCAGACCAGAUCCGCCUGUACACCAAUAAGAAGAUUGGGGAGAUGCCACCUCACAUCUUUGCCAUAGCAGACAACUGCUACUUCAACAUGCAGAGGAACAACAAGGACCAGUGCUGCAUCAUCAGUGGUGAGUCUGGGGCAGGUAAGACAGAGAGCACCAAGUUGAUCCUGCAGUUCCUGGCAGCCAUCAGUGGACAACACUCCUGGAUUGAGCAACAGGUCCUGGAGGCCAACCCCAUACUGGAAGCGUUCGGGAAUGCUAAGACCAUCCGGAAUGACAACUCCAGUCGCUUUGGGAAAUACAUCGACAUCCACUUUAACAAGAGAGGUGCAAUCGAGGGGGCAAAGAUAGAACAGUAUCUUCUGGAGAAGUCCCGAGUCUGCAGACAGGCUGCGGAUGAGAGGAACUAUCACAUCUUCUACUGUAUGUUGCGGGGCAUGGCCCCAGAGCUGAAGACCAAGCUGGGCCUGGGCCUAGCCACUGACUACUCCUACCUCACCAUGGGGAACUGUACAAAAUGUGAUGGCCGUGAUGACCUUAAGGAUUACUCCAGCAUCCUGUCGGCCAUGAAGGUGCUGAUGUUCACAGAGACAGAGAACUGGGAGAUCUCCAAACUACUGGCGGCCAUCCUGCACAUGGGCAACCUGCGCUACGAGGCCCAUACCUAUGACAACCUGGAUGCCUGUGUGGUGGUGCAAUCUCCAGACCUGUCCACUGCUGCUUCUCUGAUGGAGGUGGACCCUAAGGACGUGAUGUCAUGUCUGACCACACGUACCCUGAUCACCCGGGGCGAGAGUGUGUCCACUCCCCUCAGCAUUGAACAGGGCCUGGACGUCAGAAACGCCUUCGUCAAGGGUAUCUAUGGGAGGUUGUUUGUGUGGAUCGUGGACAAGAUCAACGCGGCCAUCUUUAGACCUUCGUCCUGUGAGAGUAAGAUCGUAAGGAGGUCCAUCGGCCUGCUUGACAUCUUCGGCUUUGAGAACUUUACUGUCAACAGCUUUGAGCAGCUGUGCAUCAACUUUGCCAAUGAGAACCUGCAGCAGUUCUUUGUGAGGCAUGUGUUCAAGCUGGAGCAGGAGGAGUACAACCUGGAGGACAUCAACUGGCAACAUAUCGAGUUCACUGACAACCAGGAUGCUCUGGAUAUGAUCGCCAAUAAACCCAUGAACAUCAUAUCUCUCAUAGAUGAGGAGAGCAAGUUCCCCAAGGGAACAGACGCCACCAUGCUGUAUAAACUCAACUCUCAGCACAAACUCAACACCAACUACCACCCUCCUAAGAACACCUACAUGACCCAGUUUGGCAUCCAGCACUUUGCUGGGGUGGUCCAUUACGAGACCAAAGGCUUCUUGGAGAAGAAUCGUGACAGCCUCCAUACUGACAUCAUCCAGCUGGUACAUUCCUCCAAGAACAAGUUCAUCAAGCAGAUCUUCCAGGCUGAUGUCGCCAUGUUUCUUUGUGGCUAUCUGCCGCCCACCACUCCUCCUCCAAAGGGUGUGGAGACCAGGAAGCGUUCCCCUACUCUGAGCAGCCAGUUCAAGCGUUCUCUGGAGCUGCUGAUGAGAACACUCAAUGCGUGUCAGCCUUUCUUCGUCCGCUGCAUCAAACCCAACGAGCUCAAGAAACCCAUGCUGUUUGACAGGGAGCUGUGUGUGCGUCAGCUGAGGUACUCUGGGAUGAUGGAGACCAUUCGUAUCAGGCGCGCCGGUUACCCCAUCAGAUACACCUUCGGAGAGUUUGUAGACCGCUACCGCGUUCUCAUGCCCGGAGUCAAACCUGCAAACAGACAGGAGGACUUGAGAGGGACAUGUCAGAAGAUAGUGGAGGCAGUUCUUGGACGAGAUGAUGACUGGCAGAUUGGGAAGACCAAGAUCUUUCUCAAGGACCACCAUGACAUGCAGCUGGAGAUAGAGAGGGACAAGGCCAUCACCGAUAAGGUCAUCCUUAUUCAAAAGGCUGUAAGAGGAAUGAAGGAGAGGACUAACUUCCUGAGGGUGAGGAGGUCAGUGACACUCAUUCAGAAAACAUGGCGUGGCUAUCGGUGCAGGAAGGACUACAGUGCAAUGAGGGUGGGCUUCCUGCGCCUCCAAGCCCUCUAUAGGUCAAGGAAACUCUUUGUCACCUACCGAUUGGCCAAAACGCGCGUCACCCAAAUACAGGCCCGUUGCCGUGGUUUCAUGGUGAGGCGGUCCUUUUGGCGGCAGCUGCAUGCGGUGAUCACCAUCCAGGCAUAUGCCCGGGGCAUGAUCGCGCGGAGGGUUACCCAGAGACUCAGGGCAGAGCACCGGCGGCGUAAAGAAGCGGAGGGCCAGCGUCUGGCUGAGGAGGAGCGCCUGAUGAAUCAGAUGACAGCGCGGCGGGCGCGGGCUGAGGCCGAGAGGAGUCACCAGGAGCGCCUGGCCGAGCUGACCCGUCAGGAGGAGCAGAGGGAGAAGGAGGCACGGGAGGAGGCACGACGGAAGAAGGAGCUGGUGGAACAGGUGGAGCGGGAGAGGCAGCAGCCAGUGGACCACUCAGACAUGGUGGACCAGAUGUUUGGCUUCCUGGGGAACACAGGGGCACUGCCCAACCUGGAGGGACAGGGGCCGGCCGGCUUCGAGGACCUGGAGGUGGCUCCGCGGGCCGAGGGGGAGGAGGAAGACUUGGACGAGGCUCUCCCUCUGCCUGACGAUGAGGAAGAAGACCUGUCGGAGUACAAGUUCUCUAAGUUUGCCGCCACCUACUUCCAGGGCACCACCACACACACCUAUGUGCGGCGCCCGCUCAAACAGCCGCUGCUCUUCCACGAGGACGAGGGCGACCAGCUGGCCGCGCUGGCAGUGUGGGUCACAGUGCUGAGGUUCAUGGGGGACCUGCCCGAGCCCAAGUACCACAUCGCCAUCAUUGACGGCUCUGAGAAAAUACCUGUCAUGACCAAGAUCUACGAGACGCUGGGCAAGAGGACCUACAAGAGAGAACUACAGGAGCUCCAGACUGUGGAGGGAGAGAACAGCUCCAUUGAAGGUGGUGGUGGGCAGAAGAAGAACAGUGUGAGACACAAGCUGGUCUCUCUCACCCUGAAGAGGAAGUCCAAAAUCACUGAGGAGGUGACCCGGCGUUUGACUGACGGCGAUUACAGCUUACAGGGGAACAGCAUGCUGGAGGACCGUCCCACAUCCAACCUGGAGAAGCUGCACUUCAUCAUUGGCAACGGCAUCCUAAGGCCCGCCCUCAGAGAUGAGAUCUACUGUCAGAUCUGCAAGCAGCUGACCCAGAACCCGUCAAAGAGUAGCCAUGCCCGUGGUUGGAUCCUGCUCUCUCUCUGCGCUGGCUGCUUCGCUCCCUCUGAGAAGUUUGUCAAAUAUUUGCGUACAUUCAUGAUCAGUGGUCCGCCGGGCUACGCUCCAUACUGCGAGGAGAGGUUGAGGAGGACCUUUGUGAAUCGCACCAGGACCCAGCCGCCAUCUUGGCUCGAGCUGCAGGCCACUAAGUCGAAGAAGCCCAUCAUGUUACCGGUAACCUUCAUGGAUGGUACCACUAAGACCCUGCUGACCGACUCAGCCACCACGGCCAGCGAGCUGUGUAAUGCCCUGGCAGACAAAAUCAGCCUCCAAGACCGCUUCGGUUUCUCCCUCUACAUCGCCCUGUUCGAUAAGGUAUCCUCAUUGGGGAGCAGCAGUGACCAUGUGAUGGACGCCGUGUCGCAGUGUGAGCAGUACGCCAAGGAGCAGGGAGCCCAGGAGAGGAAUGCUCCCUGGCGCCUGUUCUUCAGGAAAGAGAUCUUCACUCCCUGGCACAAUCCUGGCGAAGACAGCGUGGCCACCAACCUCAUCUACCAGCAGACUGUCCGUGGGGUCAAGUUCGGCGAGUACCGCUGCGAGAGGGAUGAGGAUCUGGCGGAACUGGCAUCCCAGCAGUACUACAUAGACUACGGCUCUGGGAUUCUCCAGGAGCGCCUCCUCAACCUCAUCCCAUCCUACAUCCCUGACCGCGAAAUCAGCUCUGCCAAGACCAAUGACAAGUGGGCCCAGCUAGUUGUCGCCGCCCACAAAAAGGGAGUCUACACCCAGAAGAGGUUGGACCCUCAGAGGGUGAAGGAAGACGUGGUUGACUUUGCUCGUUUCAAGUGGCCUUUACUCUUCUCACGCUUCUACGAGGCCUUCAAAUUUUCAGGGCCCAGCCUGCCUAAGAAUGACGUCAUUGUGGCGGUGAACUGGACCGGGGUCUAUUUUGUGGAUGAGCAGGAGCAGGUCCUUUUGGAACUCUCUUUCCCAGAGAUCACUAAUGUGUCCAGUAGCAGAAUCAUUUCCCUUGACAGAGGUGGUAAGCUCCAGGGCCAGAGCUUCUCGCUGGCCACCAUCAAAGGAGACGAGUACACGUUCACCUCCAAUAAUGCCGAGGACAUACGCGACCUCGUCGUGACCUUCCUGGAGGGCCUCAGGAAGAGGUCAAAGUUUGUGGUGGCGCUGCUGGACUGCCCCAACCCCGCGGGCGGCGAGGACUCCACCUUCCUCAGUUUUUCCAAGGGCGACCUGAUCCUAUUGGACGAGCACUGUGGCGAGCAGGUCAUGACCUCAGGGUGGGCCCACGGGGUCAAUGACAGGACCAAGCAACAGGGGGACUUCCCGGCCGACUGUGUCUACGUCCUGCCCACCGUAACCCGGCCGCAGUAUGACAUCGUAGCUCUGGUGACUAUGACUCCAGACCAGAGAAGAGAGUCCAUAAACCUGUCCCAGCUGGCCCUUGCUGAGAGUGAGGACAAGGUCAAGCCCUACACCCUAGAGGAGUUCUCCUAUGAUUACUUCAGAUCCCCUCCCAAGAGCACUCUGAGCAGGGUAAUGAUCACUAAGGGCCGCGGGAAGGAGCGUCUGUGGUGCUGCACCAGGGAGCCUCUCAAACAGCCCCUACUGAAGAAGGUGCUGGCCCACGAGGAGCUCUCCCAGGAGGCUCAACUGGCCUUCAUCGCCUUGUUGAAGUAUAUGGGUGACUACCCAUCCAAGCGAGCGCGUUCGGUCAACGAGCUGACCGACCAGAUCUUUGAGGGAGCGCUGAAGGCAGAGCCACUCAAAGAUGAGAUCUACUGUCAGAUCCUCAAACAGCUCACUGAGAAUCACAUCAAGUACAGCGAGGAGAAGGGCUGGGAGCUGCUGUGGCUGUGUGCAGGUCUGUUCCCCCCCAGUAACAUUCUGCUACCCCACGUCCAGAAGUUCCUCCAGGCCAAGAAGCACCACCCCCUCGCCCCUGACUGCAUGCAGAGACUCCAGAAGGCAUUACGUAAUGGAUCCAGGAAGUACCCACCUCACCUGGUGGAGGUGGAGGCCAUCCAGCACAAGACCACACAAAUCUUUCACAAAGUGUACUUCCCCGAUGACACAGACGAGGCUUUCGAAGUGGAGUCGAGUACCAAGGCCAAAGAUUUCUGUCUGAACAUCUCAGGCAGACUACUCCUCAAGUCCUCCGAGGGCUUCAGCCUGUUUGUCAAGAUCACUGACAAGGUCAUCAGUGUGCCUGAGGGGGAUUUCUUCUUUGACUUUGUGAGACAUCUGACCGACUGGAUCAAAAAAGCCAGACCUGCAAAGGACGGUGUAGUGCCUUCACUGACCUAUCAAGUUUUCUUCAUGAAGAAAUUGUGGACCAAUACCAUACCAGGGAAAGACUCCAUGGCUGACUACAUCUUUCACUACUACCAGGAGCUUCCAAAGUAUCUCCGUGGUUACCACCAGUGUUCCCGGGAAGAGGUUUUCCAGCUGGGAGCGCUGAUCUACAGGGUGAAGUUUGAGGAGGACAAAUCCCAGUUUCCAAACAUUCCCAAGAUGUUGAAGGAGCUGAUCCCUCAGGACCAGAUCAGACACCUCUCGCCUGACGACUGGAAACGGUCUAUAGUGGCGUUUUUCAACAAGCAGUCGGGGAAGACUCGAGAGGAGGCCAAGCUCUCAUUCCUCAAAGUCAUCUUCAAGUGGCCUACGUUUGGUUCGGCCUUCUUUGAAGUCAAGCAAACCAGUGAUCCAAACUUCCCAGAGAUCCUCUUGAUAGCAAUCAACAAACAUGGUGUCAGCCUGAUCGACCCCAAGUCAAAGGACAUCUUGACCACACACCCAUUCACUAAGAUCUCCAACUGGAGCAGUGGCAACACCUACUUCCACAUCACCAUCGGAAACCUGGUCCGAGGCACCAAGCUGCUGUGUGAGACCUCACUGGGCUACAAGAUGGACGACCUCCUGACCUCUUACAUCAGCCAGAUGCUGACCACCAUGACCAAACAGCGCGGUUCCCGUGGCAACAUCAAGUGAUCUGGAAAGUCAUCGAUCCCGCUGUUGAGUGUAUUAGUGUAGGCCUCGAGGGCUUUGUGAUCUAUCACAUGGUUUCAUUAAAACAUAGAGGGAUAAAUACAACCCUUCCUCCAUAACAUGCUAAAUCAAUUACAUGCAUGCAUACAUACACACACAAACUCGCACACAUACAUACAUGUGCACGUACACACACACACACACACACACACACACACACACACACACACACACACACACACACACACACACACACACACACACACACACACACACACACAAUGAAAUGUAUACAUACACACACGCAUAUACACACUUGACAGAUUCUCCCUAAGAUGUAGAUGAAAGAGAGUGGGAAGGACAGGAGCUUGAGAACCUCUGGUCUAAUAGUCUGUUGUACAAAUACUGUUAAUCUCACUACAGACACAACGUUGAUGCAACAUCUCGCAGCAAAGUCUGAGAGACAUUGGAAAUCAUGCAUCUCCACACACUAUUGUGUUACAGAAAUGUAUAUAGAUCGUUGGUUAUAGGGAUGGAGGCAUGAUAGCAGUAUUACGACAAGAAUACUCUUUUGGUGAUGAUGGUGAUGAUUUAAAUGUUUGAUUUAUGUUUUGGCCAUGACAAUGUUUUGACUUAUCGUCAGAUGUUGGUAUAUGUCUUGGGUCCUGUCUUAACAAUCACCAAUUGCCUUUACUUGACCCAAAUGCACAACCAACGAUUGCAACUUUUUACAUGGCAACUAAUCAAGAGCUUUAUUUAGAAAAUGUUUUUAUGCAAAGCAUUUGAUCGUAAAAUGUCCAAUAAUGUGAUUUAUAAAUGUUGGGCCUAAACCUAUACAACUAUGGCUUGUCCAUACUAUAGAUAUCAUGUGUAAUCAUUGCAUUAUAUUGUUUUAGAGUUUAAUUCAAAAUUGGCCCUCAUUGUCGCAGGCAGGCUAAAUACUUUUUUAAAAUACCCGAUCAGUGUUAUUAGUACAUUUGAUGUAUUAAUGAAGUUUAUUUGAAGUACAUUUGAUGAGAACAGUCAGAUUUAUCUCUGGACAUUAGCUGGCUCUAGGACUUUGCAUACAGUGUGUAUACCACAUCACUGUAAAAACAUUUAGUGGAAAGUUGACAAUAUUUAAUAAUGUGAUAUUUCUAACAAGCACAUAUUUAGCUGUUUGCCUAUUGAAUUAAUCAUUGAAGAAAAUGUAUUCUGUAAAUAAAGACCCCCGGUCCAUAUGACUUGUCUUUAAAAAAAAAUUGUGGAUCAAAUCAAGGAUUUUUUAAGUAUUAAAGGUCAACUCUGUUACGACAUCGUCAUAGACAAAAUAUAAUCUACAUACAGAAAUGACAUUAUUGGCUCUUAAUGGUGGCAGGUUUGGCAUAUUAAAGUUAUUGUUGAUGUCUGUAAACAGGAAGUCACCCCACUGUGUAUGGUGAUGUCAAAUUGCUUAGUCUACCUUAAAAAGUCAUCUCAGAGACAUUAAUGUUCUGCACCGUUCUGUAUAGUGGAUAUUAAUUUAGGUCAAAUUGUUCCUGUUUUUUAAAUGUUGGUCCAUGACACCUAAUAUUUUGGUAUUAAUAAAGAAAUUACAAAUA